GUAGCAGGGUGCAGCGUGAUGAUGUAAGGAAGGAGAUUACUCAGUUGUAGCAUAUCUUUAGUAUCUGUAUAGAGAGGGUAUAUAUGUUGUCCAUCCCUCUCCUCCCUUCCUUCUUUCCUCUCUGAGGUUUCUCUUCUCCACUCUCGAUCUCUGGCUUCUUCUCUGACCUUUUGUUGUGGUCUAGGUAUGGUCUCCCUCUCGGAGGUUUCUCUUCUCCACUCUCGAUCUCUGGCUUCUUCUCUGACCUUUUGUUGUGGUCUAGACUACUAUUCUAGUGAAAUACACCUCGGUUAUAGAUCAGUCUAGGCUUCGGCCUGUGAGUCACCUCCCAGUGAAGGUCGAGUGAUCCUCGACCUUACACUUUUUUGAUCUAUACCGACUUCAAACCAACUCUCAAAUCCAGUGAUCAACAAAUUCGAUUUUUUCAGCUAUUCAGCCAGACCAGAGACUCAGCAGACUGUUCACUCGCCUUACACGGUGUUUCAAGUUCAAAUCAGACUCACCAUUAAUGGUGUUUUAAGAGUUUUCAAUUAUCCAUCCAGAGAUUCAGCACACUGUUCACUUGCCUCUUGCGGCGUUUCAAGUUCAACUUCCAGAUCACACUCACUGCCAACGGUGUUUUAAGUCAAACUCCCAGAUAUCAUUUUACACAGUUUUAAUUCAAUGGAACACAGCCUCCUUUUGGGAAUUCUCUUAUAGCAAUGGUCGUGCCAAUAGAACACUCAUAACCAGCCUCGGUUUUACCUUGAAAAGAUGACACAUUCAUAUUCACACCCAUAUGGGCAUCCAAGCUUGCCUAUUUCUUAUCCAAUUUUGAAUCUGUCACCUCACAUCAUCAGUGCGAUACAUCAGGUUUCGGCACUGGCCCAUCAUCUGAAUCUUCUUGUCUCGAACUUUGCACCGCAUCUGCAUUCUCAUGGCUUUGGAACUUCGCUUACACCUAAUGCCUGUCGGAGAAAGCCCUCAAUUCGAUCGCAGAACUGGCGUCGGCGUACUGAAAACUCUACAAAGUCAGCAAGAUACCACAGCUUCCCUCUCCAGCACUGCAACACACCUUUUGAGCCCAGCAAAACUCCUCCCGAAGUCCCCUAUGACACUCGACCUAGUUCAAUGCCGCCCUUGCCAGUUUUUUUCACUCGACCUGUGGUGAUGUCUCCAUUGCCAAGUACCAUCGCCGAACCUGUGUUGUGUUCAAUGUCAUCUGAUUGGUCAAGUUAUUCUCCUCCAAGUCGGCCUCAUUCUGUACCACCAUUCCCAGAGCUGGAUAGACGAACUCGCUCAAGGAGCGUUCAUUCUCCUCGAUUCCCUUUCUUAGACCUUGCUAGCCCGGCCAAACAUCAAUUUUAUCAUAAACUACCCAUGUUGUCCGAUCUGGAACCCUCAGGGAACACUGCUAAACACUCACUAGAGACUCCUAUACAUACUGAGGGAGAAUUGGCGAACGACUCAAUUGUAGACACUCAAAUGAAAUCUACAAACAAGCCUCAAUCUCAGCUUGAUCCGACCCAAGAAAGUUGUGUAGCGUUGAGACAAGAGUUGAGGGAGCUCGAUCAGACCCGAGAAAGUCAGGCAGAGUUAAGACAGGAGUUGAGUGAGGUUCGCGCGAUGAUUGAAGCCUUGUUGCGUUCACCGGACCAUCUACAAACAGACGUGAUCAACUCCGAACCAGCAAAAUCAAGUGAUCAAGCCGCAGCCAGCUACACCACGAACCCCCAGUAACCGGUCCUCAUCGGGCGGUGACCCCCGGUUGAGGACCGGUUUCCUUAUUAGUGGUGACCACCGUUGAAAACACGUGGCCGUCUUACCGUGUUGUAAACGGGUUUUUUAAAACUGGUAACUACACUGUUUAUCACUAGUUCCAAACUGGUUGAAGCCUCCAACCAUGCUUGCUAAGAAAGAGACAAUAGGAUCAUUUUAUCAAAUCAUGUCGAUGUCUCAAUUCAUACUCACUGAUUCAUAAAAGUGCAAAGCAAACAGAGGAUUCAAUCCAAGUUGAUUGC